AUGUCCAUUGCCACGAAGCUACGCAGAGUCAGAAAACCACCACCAGAGGGAUGGGAUUUGAUCGAGCCAACAUUGGAGCAGUUUGAGGCCAAAAUGCGCGAAGCCGAAACAGAACCACACGAAGGGAAGCGAAAGACUGAAAUCAACUGGCCCAUUUUUCGAAUCCAUCACCAACGGUCAAGAUACAUCUAUGACAUGUACUACAAAAAAGCAGAAAUUUCCCGCGACCUCUAUGAGUUCUGUCUUACAGCCAAGUUUGCCGAUGCAGCGCUAAUCGCAAAGUGGAAAAAGCAAGGAUAUGAAAACCUGUGUUGUGUGAAAUGUGUUCAGACUCGUGACAGCAACUUUGGUACUGCAUGUAUAUGCAGAGUACCGAAAAGCAAGCUUGAUGCAGAACGCGUUAUCGAAUGUGUUCAUUGCGGUUGCCAUGGGUGUUCCGGUUGA